CAGCUGAAACCGCUCUUUGCUCCCCUUAUAUUACACCACAUGCUCUUCUUUCCUCUCUUCUUCUUUUUCUUCUCUUCAUUUUACUUAACACUUACUCUCUUCUUCUUCUUCUUUAAUUACAAGCUCUUAGCUCUAUUUUCAGAAUCUUGUUCUAGUUUUAAGUUUUGCAUGCUUUUCUCUUCUUUUUAGUCUUUUUUUUCAAGAACCCUUUUGUCCUUGUAGUCAAAAAAACAAGAACCAAAAAAGAAGAUCCUAUUUACAUAUAUAGAGAUAAACCAAAAGACUUUUUUUUUCCUUGUAACUUGAUCUAUAAUGAGUUCUUCUUUAUCUUCAUCUAAUGGUUAAUGAUAAGUUUGAGGUAAUAACCAAAUAGUCUUAUUAAGUCGGUUUUGGGUUUUUGGUUCUUUUUAACUUUUCUUGGUUUUUAAGGUUUUUGUUUUUUCAUUCAAUGGCUCCAGACAACAACAACAACUGGUUAUCAUUUUCUUUAUCUUCUAUGGAAAUGUUGAGCUCUUCAGCUUCUCAGUCUAAUUCUAUGCUUCAAUCCAACAUGAAACUUGCACCAACUUUUGAUGGCUCCUCUUCUGCUGACUCUCAUCAUUACUAUUUUGCUGAUAACUUCUUUCCUCAUGGUUGGUCUAAUCCAAAAUCUCAAGUGAUGUAUACAGAAGGUGAAAAAGAAGUUUUAGGGCUGAAUAUCAAUGGAAAUGACUCAUCAAUUUUUCAAAACUUUUUGGACACACAAAUCCAUCAACAAACACCGCCAAAACUUGAAGAUUUCUUAGGUGGUGAUUCAUCAUCUUUGACUCAAGAUUCAUCAUCAUUGACUCAUCAAAUCUAUGAACAACAACAACAAAAUAAUGGCUCAGCUGUUUAUCAUCAAGAUUUCAAAAAUUUAGCUCAUGGGUUUCAAUAUCAAGCUACUGCUGCUGCUGCUUUUUCGAAUAACUCGGGUUCUGAAGUUGAUAACUCAGUUGGUACUGAGUUUGUUAGUGAGUCAUGCAACGAGUUGGCUUAUUCUCAGUGUCCUCCAGCUCUUUCUACUGGUGCUUUGUCUUUGGCUGUUAAUACUACUAAUAAUACUCAGUGCUUGGAAAAAGAAAAAGCCAUUGUUGCUGUUGUUGGUUCAGAGAGUUGUAAGAAAAUUACUGAUACUUUUGGCCAAAGAACUUCCAUUUACAGAGGUGUAACAAGACAUAGAUGGACAGGAAGAUAUGAAGCGCAUCUUUGGGAUAACAGCUGUAGAAGAGAAGGCCAAGCUAGAAAAGGGCGUCAAGUGUACUUAGGUGGAUAUGAUAAGGAAGAAAAAGCAGCAAGAGCAUAUGACUUGGCAGCUCUAAAAUAUUGGGGUCCCACAGCUACCACCAACUUCCCUGUUUCCAAUUAUACCAAAGAACUGGAGGAAAUGAAACACAUGACCAAGCAAGAAUUCAUUGCCUCUCUUAGAAGGAAAAGUAGUGGUUUCUCGAGAGGAGCUUCGAUAUACCGAGGUGUGACAAGGCAUCAUCAACAAGGCCGUUGGCAAGCAAGAAUUGGCCGCGUUGCAGGGAACAAGGAUCUUUACCUAGGAACAUUUGCUACUGAGGAGGAAGCAGCAGAAGCGUAUGACAUAGCAGCAAUAAAGUUCAGGGGAGUGAAUGCAGUGACCAAUUUCGAGAUGAAUCGAUAUGAUGUCGAGGCUAUCAUGAAAAGUUCCCUCCCUGUUGGGGGUACAGCGAAGCGUUUGAAGCUCUCUCUUGAAGCGGAGCAAAAAUCAUUGUCGAGCAAUAAUCAGCAGCUGACGACUCAUAGCAGCAGCAACAGCAACAACAGCAGCAGUAACAUCAAUUUCGGGGCAAUGCCACCGAUGUCUGCAAUCCCAUGUGGAGUUCCAUUUGACGCAACUGCUCCUUUCUAUCAUCACAACUUCUUCCACCACCUUCAGUCCACCAAUGCAGGUGCGCCCGAUACUUCUGGUGCUGUGACUACAAUGGCAUCUGCAAUGCCAUUACUGCCCUCAGGCGCCGAGUUCUUCAUAUGGCCUCACCAGUCCUAUUGACCUAAACAAAGAUAGCUAUAGUUAGCUAGUUUGACUUAGCUAAUCCGUGCUAAUAUUAACCUCGUCGUUAUGGUUGAUCGUUUAGUAUUUUCAUGCUGACCCUUUAUCUUCUGACCCGCGCGAAAGAAUUAGCGUAGUGUUUAACCGGUAUGAGCCAGGUUCAAAUGUUGUAGAGUGCCUUCACUUUUUCAAUGGCUUAUUAAGUAGUAGGUGCAUGUUUACAGGUACUGAGGGAGCACUCAUUGUGGAAAAAUUUUGGUUUUUUUUCUUCUAGUUUCCUCAUCUUUUUGAGUUGCUCCCAAGUACCGUAUAUGAACUUGGUGAACAUUUUGCUGGUCGAAUUGACAUACAAAAAAAAGAAAAUGAUACAAAGCUCUUUACAUUUUGCA